AUGAAUCAUUCCCUACAUCGGCCUACUGGCUUCUAUGAAGACAGUGUUUAUGACUCGCAAGAUAAGACCAAGGGCCUUUUCAGAAAUCAUGUUGUUGCCUGGUUUUAUGCUUAUUUGUAUAUUGGUCCCUCAGCUGUGAUGUCAGAGUCUACAUCAAGCAAAGCCUCAAAGCAAGCAAGAAACCGUGCAUUCAGCUUAUUGUUAGUGACCAAACACAUUAUCGCAAUAGUUCACAUUAUUAAUUGGACGAAUGAGAUCAGGACAAUGAAUCUGGAGGUGUUAUUUUGGGCUAUCAUCGACAUGCUCGAUGAUGACAAGGACCCAUGGAUUGAAGACACCAUAUCAUGGUGGAACGUCCACAUGGGGUCAGCUGCCCAGGCCAAAUUCAUAAAGAAGCCAUCCGACUCAGAGGAUGACUCAGAUCAAGAAAAUGACAUUGCUGAUAUCAAGGCUCAGUGUUUGGCUCGAUGUGGCGCUGUGCCACCACAGAGAAAGGCUCACAAUGAAGCAAAACAGCCAGCAGCUGCAGCACUGUUUGAUGAUGAUAAGCCUGAGUAUCCUUCUUCCAAAAAGACUCCCACUGCUCCACUCCCUCAACCUGUAAAACCAAGGCCUCAGCCUCAGCCCCAACCAGUAGUUCAAGAGUCCAGUGACAAGGACCCUGUACCUGUGAUACCACCUUCUACAUGCCCAGCAUCAAAGAAGAUUCAAACAAACUUACAAAGGCCUCUGAUCGAGCAGUUAGAUGAUAAUGAACACUCCCCUCCUCUGCCUGCAAAGAAGAAACCUAUAGUUGAAUCAACCAAGUGCCGUCAACUCCCUGAAUCUGACGAGGAUUCUGUUGAGUAUUGUGUACUGUCACCCUCUACACCCCCUGUGAAGAAGACUUAA